CCCCGAGGGAAGUUCCCAACUCAAACCAGGCUAUGUAAAACAUACGGUGCCAUAUCCUCUCAAGCGCCUCGUAACUUUGCAUGUGAAGAUUAGGAGACGACGCAGUGGUGGUGUCAAUAAAGUCUAACUUCAAGAGUAAGUCGAAUGAAGGUAAGAGGAGUGUGAGUGUCCGGCAGCAGCGAGGGAAACGGAGCGGAGGAGUUGUUGCUCGGUCGGUUUCUCCACCACCGGUUGAAUGAGCUGUUGCUAACUUGGUACUAAAAACUCUAAAGAAUACGGAACUGUGAGGACUACGCUUUGAAUGACAAUUAAAGUGUUUCACUGCUGUUUCUCGGGCUCAUGUCUGCUGUGUCAGUGAUGAUUGUGGAGCACACGGCAUGGAAAGGAACAUCGGAGACCAGCUCAAUAAAGCUUUUGAAGCUUAUCGCCAGGUCUCCAUUGAAAAGGACAAUGCUAAAAAGGAGCUGCAGCAGAUGGCUGAAAAAUACGAGCGCUACACUCAAAAACUUCAGAAGCAGAUAGAGGACCAGCAGCAGGUGAUUUUAAAACUUGAAGCUAAGUUAUCAGCAACAAGACAAACAUCAGGGGAGAUGAAAUGUGAGCCUUGCAACCAUCUCCUGGAGGGGGUCAGUGCUUUUAGAAAAACACAGUACUCGGAGAAUAUGGGCACUGCUGCCGUUACAACUAAAAUGCCUGGAAACAGCAGCGUUAACAAUCAGGACAUGCUUGGCGCAUUUGAAGCCAUUCAAGGGAAAUUCCGGCAGAUUCAGUCGCUAACCAGAAGACAAAAAGAUCACCUAAAAAGAUUCCAUGGAAGAAGUGAUACAUCAAACGAUCAGCAGUUCUCCAUGCCCAUCCAGUGCACAGACCGCACAGCGGAGGCAGAGAGACCCUUCUCCACGGCUCUGAGGUCAGCAGUGGAAGUCCCGCUCCCACCCACGUCUCUGGCGUCUCGCGGCGCCAGCCCAGAGGACCGAGACUUUGUAGACUCUCUCAACAAACUUAGCGUCAAAUUCCCGCCCCCUGCAGACAGUGAAUACGACUUCCUGAACAGCGCUCCAGAGAGACACAUCGGUCUGACUGCGCCCCCGAAGCGACCUCUCGGCGGCAGCGGCGUGCCCUCCACACUGACGGAGGAGGAGCCCGUCGAUCCGCCCAUGUCUUUUAUCUACCCUCCAUCCCCCUCCCACUCCACAUCAUCCUCGCUCUCCCAGGAGGGCGUGUGGGGACCUCAGCAGCCCCUCUGGAGCCCUGAGCUGAGCGACGCGGCCAACGUGUGGACUGAGCUGGCUCCUGAUAAAUGUGCUUUUUGCCACGCUGUGGUUCCUCAGGGCCGAAUGAACAGCCACCUCUACUCGCAUUUCUCGCCCAAGAAUGAAGCCGAAGACUGACAUUGGAAGCAGAGACUGACGGGCGAAGGCCUCAAGUACUCCUCACAGUAUUCAUGGUCUAGUCCUGCCUGACACGAGUUAUAUGCGCUGUAAUGGAUUUUUAAAGACAUUGCAAUAAGACUUGAAUACAUUUAUUUAAUACUGAAGAAUUGAAUGGUACACUUCUUUGCCCAUUAUAUUUUUCUAAUAUCGUGCUGAGAUUUUCCUCUAGUUCUGAGUGAAGAUGAUGCAUUUUAUGGUAUAUAUGAGCAAAUAAAGCCGACAUUUACUCUCUUA